CAAGAAAGGUUGCUUGCUUAUUAAUCUGCUACAUGUGGGCCACGGAGUUAAAUUUUCACUUUCCAGCCAGAUCUUGACUUUCUUCCGCGCGUUCUGUCCUGCCUCCCUCUUCCUCUUAUUCCGUAGAUAUUACCAAAGAAAUGGCCAAAGGCACAAAACGCGCUUCCCCUGGGGCGGAGGAUGAGAAAAGCGCCCUCCAAAGCGUGGAACUUAGCGAUGAGGAUGCCAAAAAAUUGCAUGGCAUACAACGCGAACUUGCCCGUGCUGAAUUGGUCAUAGAACGCCAGGCUCAAGCCAUUUUGCGUCCCGUGUAUGAGAGGCGCCGUGAGAUCGUCAAGGCGAUCCCCAGCUUCUGGCCUGUCGCAUUGUUUAACAACAGCGUGAUCGCAUACCAUGCCCAACAUAGCGCUGAUCAGACUGCGUUGAGCUACCUUGAGGAUAUGUGGGUGGAGAAAAGCGCUGAUGAGCAUAGGUGCUUUACGAUCGAGUUCUAUUUCAAAGAAAAUCAGUUUUUCCAUGACACGCUGCUAAAAAAAGAGUUCAAGUUUGUGCCCCCUCCUGCGGCCAAGGACGAAAAGCCAGACGAGCACGGGAUCACGGAAUCAAGUCUCGAUUUCUCAUGGGAACGUGACGUAGAAAUGUCGGUCUCCAAAAUUAACUGGAAGGAUGCCGAGAAGGCGCUGACUAAGUUGUACCCUCGUGAAGGUGGGGAUAGCGAAGACGAUUUACCUGCCGAACCUGGCAGCUUUUUCAACUUUUUCGAAUGCAAGACUGAUCCUUCUGAUCUUGGCCUUGCAUUAGCAAAUGAGAUUUUCCCAGAGGCAAUCGAGUACUUUUUGGGCAACAUCAGCAACGAAAGCGACUCUGAAGACGAAGAGGAUGAGGAUGACGACGAUGCCGAAGAAAUUGAUCUUGAAAAGCCAAGAAGCAAAAAGAGAAAGGUCUAA